AAUGAAGUUUAUUUAUUUUCGUUACUUGACCAUUAUAUAAUGUGCCAAUUAUGUUUAUUAAUAAUUUUCCUAAGUGACUCGAUAUGUCUGUAUUUCGUUUUUAUUAACAAUAAUUAGAAAACGGCCACGUGGGGAGAGAUCCCAUUAUAAUUUCCCCAGCCCGACACUUACCACGGUUCUUAUUUUUAUAACCCCAAACCGCAGUUUCCUUUCUCAUUCUCUGGAUCAACAUGAAACCCUAGUUACACUGUUCUUCGAUUGGGGUUUGAGCUGUGAUUGUUGGGCGGGUUGAGCUUCUAACUCAUAUAUCGGAGUCUGCUCGAGCGUUGUUCCUUCAACUUUGGUGAAUCUUGGGCACUCAAUUCUGUAAAAGGAGCAAAGCUGGCAACAUGGAUCCUCACGAGUUUGUAGAACAUGUGCAGUUGAGGCCAGCUAUUGUUUUAACUGGAACAGCAAAGGAAGGGAAAUCUGGACCCCCUGUUGGUCUUGUUGACAUUGGUAUCAGUGCGGUGGCCUAUCUCUUUCGAAUCUCGCUGCCUGGUGUUAGGAAGGAUCAAUGUAACGUGAAAUGUGACAUCCAACGUGAUGGAAAAGUCCAUGUACAUGGUGUAAUAACAUCUGGAGGAGUCUUGAGAGAUUCACCAAGUGUGUACCAGAUUAGAGUCCAGCAACUAUGCACUCCCGGACCCUUCAGUGUUUGUUUUAACCUGCCUGGACCUGUCGAUCCCAGAUUGUCUUCCCCAAAUUUUAGGUCCGAUGGCAUCUUGGAAGUGAUUGUUAUGAAGUAUAGAGCAUCUGGAUUUUAGGUUGGUGGCCUAUUCCCACCUCUAUAAUGGCUAUUCUGGAGAUGUUCUUGUUAGAUACUCAGAAACACAUGCUUGCAGCGUGCACACAUAUGCACAUAUAAAGCAAUCACAAAUGGCAGCCAGAUUGAUCUGAGGUUUUGAGGUACUGUUAAAACAGGACAUGCUUCAUGCAUAUGAUGUGUACUAGAACUUGUUUUGUUCAGUCUUUUUGUUGGAAAAUGAGGAGCUGUUUGAUUUUGGAUGUUUUAUUAA